AUGAAUGAGUGGAUAAGACUUUUAUUUAUUUCCCAGGUGGCUCUACAGUUGUCAUUGAGUGUGAAAGCUCAGGGGAUUGUCUAUGAUCUCCUCGUGUCCCCGGAUUGUUUACCUGAUCUCCUGCAAGGAGGACUAAAGUCAAAGAAUGUUGAUGAAGUUUUUAUACUGUCCACCUUCCAACUACAGACCAAAGCUCCAACACGUGUUUUUCGCAUCUACAAUCCCUUAGAUAACAGUGAUUAUUUUGAUUUCACUGUGCAUGGGAAAUUGAACAAAGUAUCAAUGAAAUAUUUGAAAAGCAACGAUAAGAUGGGCUCUGCAAACUUUAUCAAAGUGCCAGUGGCGGACAGUCAGCCCCACCACGUUAUGAUCCACGUACGAGGCCUGAGGAAAGGCAGUCCUAGCAUGGCCCUCUACGUCGACUGCCGAUUGGUGGAAAUCGUGCAGGAUUUGCCUGCUGCCUUCCUGGGACUCACACCAGGAAAUAAAAAGGUCGCCCUGAAGACUAUGCCAUCCACAGCACAGGACAAGCUGAUAGAUCUCAAGAUUGUCCUCGAUGACUCCAUUGAGAAUGUCGUGACCCUCCAGGACUGCAGCACAUACCAGAGUGAAUCAUUGCAACUGCUGGGACUGACCUCUCAGCUAGAUCCCGGUUCAAUGCUGAAACUUGUGGAGAUGAUGCAAGAAAUGAAACAGAUGCUAAGACAACAGAUGGAUGAAACCGCAUUUCUGAAAAAGAGAAUGACAGAAUGCAUGCCGUGCGGUGAGCCCAAGGAAAAAACAAAGUGUGAUCCAGGGGUCUGUUUUGAACAAAGCAUGUGUAUCCCAACAGAGAAUGGUUUUGAAUGUGCUCCUUGUCCAGUGGGUUACACUGGAGACGGGGUGCAUUGUGAUGAUGUUGAUGAGUGCAAGUUUAAUCCCUGUUUCCCUGGCGUGAGAUGCGUCAACACUGCUCCAGGCUUCAGGUGUGAGAACUGCCCAGUAGGAUACACUGGUCCAGAGAUUCAGGGCGUGGGCAUAGAUUAUGCUAAAUCGAACAAACAGAUCUGUAAUGAUAUAGACGAAUGCCAGGUCCUUGAAAACGGUGGCUGCACGCCCAAUUCGCACUGCCAUAACACAGAGGGUUCGUACUACUGCGGAGCAUGCAAAGACGGCUUCACCGGUGACCAAACUAGAGGUUGCCGUGGAGAGCGGGUAUGCGGCAAUGGCAAAGAGAAUCCAUGCGAUCCGAAUGCUGAGUGUAUCGUAGAGAGAGAUGGGAGCAUCAGCUGCAGGUGUAACAUCGGAUGGGCAGGCGACGGUUACAUCUGUGGAAAGGACACGGACAUUGAUGACACCCCUGACCGGAAGCUGGAAUGUACAGGACCCAAUUGCAGAAAGGACAACUGCAAGUAUGUGCCUAACUCUGGUCAAGAAGACGCAGACAAUGAUGGCAAAGGAGAUUCAUGUGACGAGGAUGCAGACAACGAUGGCAUUUAUAACGAACAGGACAACUGUUGGCUGAAGCCAAACGUGGACCAGAAGAACAGCGAUAAAGAUCUCCAUGGUGAUGCUUGUGAUAACUGCCGCUUGGUGGACAAUCCGGAUCAGCGUGAUACUGAUCAAGAUGGACUGGGAGAUGCUUGUGAUGACGACAUGGAUGGGGAUGGUCUUAAGAACAUUCUGGAUAACUGCCAGAGAGUUCCAAACCCUGACCAGCUGGACCGAGACGGUGAUGGCGUCGGUGAUGCUUGUGAUAGCUGCCCAGAUGUUCCAAACCCCAACCAGUCUGACGUUGACGACGAUCUGGUGGGAGACACGUGCGACACGAACAUUGACACAGACGGGGACGGACAUCAGAACACCAGAGAUAACUGCCCAACUGUCAUAAACAGCUCACAGCUGGACACCGACAAAGAUGGCGCCGGAGAUGAGUGCGAUGAUGACGAUGAUAACGACGGUAUUCCCGACAUAAAGGACAACUGCCGCCUGGUACCCAAUCCAGACCAGAAAGACGAAAACAGGGAUGGUAUUGGUGAUGCAUGCACUGGGGACUUUGACAAAGAUCAUGUUAUUGAUCGGAUUGAUAACUGCCCGGAGAAUGCUGAGAUCACCCUGACAGACUUCCGGGCCUAUCAGACCGUUGUCCUGGAUCCAGAGGGAGAAGCCCAGAUCGAUCCCAACUGGGUCGUCCUCAAUCAGGGUAUGGAGAUUGUCCAGACAAUGAACAGUGAUCCUGGACUUGCUGUGGGGUACACGGCCUUCAACGGUGUCGACUUCGAGGGCACUUUCCACGUCAACACGGUGACGGACGACGACUACGCCGGCUUCAUCUUCGGCUACCAGGACUCGUCCAGUUUCUAUGUGGUGAUGUGGAAACAGACAGAGCAGACCUACUGGCAGGCGGUGCCCUUCAGGGCUGUGGCAGAGCCUGGCAUUCAGCUGAAGGCAGUGAAAUCUAAGACAGGACCUGGAGAAUUCCUGAGGAAUUCACUCUGGCACACAGGAGACACUAAUGACCAGGUCCGCCUUCUGUGGAAAGACCCACGCAACGUAGGCUGGAAAGACAAGGUGUCCUAUCGAUGGAGCCUACAGCACCGGCCUCAGGUUGGAUACAUCAGGGUGCGGUUCUAUGAGGGCCCCAGUUUGGUGGCUGAUUCAGGAGUGGUUGUUGACACCAGCAUGAGAGGUGGACGUCUGGGUGUGUUCUGCUUCUCACAGGAAAACAUCAUCUGGUCCAACCUGCGGUAUCGCUGCAAUGACACGAUUCCUGAGGAUUUUGAGGUGUACCGUACUCAGCACAUCCAGGGGUGA